AUGCGCAUGCGACAUCCCGCGUUGGGCCAGCCCGCCUGCAGAGCGCUGACAAUUCGGUUCGCCACACUGCCCGGACCCAAAAUCCCGUGGCAAGGCGGCGGUGAGACAGAGGAAGCGAUGUCCUGGCUGGAGGCUCCCUCGGCUGAUGAAGCAGAAUCGGAAGACUUCACGAAGGUCGCUCAGAAUUCCUUGGAGGAAGAUGUGGACAAUGCGGAAGAUCUCUUCGGGGCAUCCUACUUUGAUGAGGCAAAGUGCCGUGCAGUCACCCACGAGCCAGAUCCCGAAGUGCGCCCGGCCAAGCGGUUGCGACACGAGUUGCAGCUGCGUGAGGAGGCUCUCGGCUCCGGAGCAGUCACCAACGCCGCGUCCACGGUGGCAGAGGCAAGUGCAGAGCCAAGCGAGAUGCAGGUCGAGGUGGAGGUGGAGGAGGCGGUGGAGGAGGUGGAGGUGGAGGAGGAGCAGGAGGAAGAAGAAGAAGAUGGGCUGGAGGAAGAUCCAGCGCAUAAGCUGCGGAGCCAGGACGUGGAUGAAGGCAAAGGGCCACCUCCGGACGAAGCAGUCGAUCUUGAAGGCUGCAGUGGGAGCCAGAGCUGCGAGACCGGACUUGCUUGUCGACCUUCUGAUGCCCCUGUGUUCACUGGCCGUGGUUACGAAACCAGCGGAUCUCUGACAAGACCACCUUCGCCAAUGGAGGGCCCGAGAGAUGCAAGCGACUGCCCAAGCGAAGGGCCAACGAAUGUCAAAGAGGCUUCCAGAGCUCUGCAGGUCCUGGACGACACUUCUCAGGUCGCACGGCCCACUGUGCCUCAGGUAGAAGCCGACGAAGGGCGCGACUCUGGCAUGCCGGUCGACUCUCAGCCGGUGGCGCCCGACAUAACGCUCGCGAAGGAUUCAAAGAAGUCGGAAGCUGGGUGCUCACAAGGACUGAUGCCUCAAAGUGCUGCCAAAGAUGCAGCAGAUUCGCCGCAGACAGGCGAGGUAACAAGCAAGCCACCGCUGAUCAAUCCUGUGGCCGAGGUGGCCGAGGCUGCCGCCAGAACAGCAGCUGCCGCAGCCGCAUCGCAGAUGGCACCAAAGCCGGGCAGCAUUUCUGCCAGUGCUUCAUCGACCGAUGGCGUGUGGUGCAAUACGCACUUUCAGUACCGCUGGCGGUGUCGGCAGGAUGGUGUCUCUGACGCUUGUGAGGCGUCGACACCUCAACCAUCGAGUUCUUCAGGUUCUAAAGGCAAAGCAACAAAAGGCAAAGGGAAAGGCAGUGGAGGAGGUGAAGAAGCUACGCUCGGAGAUGAUGAGCUUGAGGAGCUGGAGUUCCAGCGCCUAGCCGCGGAGCUCGAAGAUGAGCAUCGCGAGCUUAGGGCAGAGGCCCGGCGUGCAAAGCGAGGUGCAGAUGUUGUGACGCCGGAGAUGCAGGCUGAUGUGGAAGCAUUGCUCGAAGCCCUUGGAAUUCCAUACGUGCAUGCGCCAGCAGAGGCUGAGGCGCAGUGUGCAUUUUUGGCUGAGGCUCGGCUCGUGGAUGCCGUGGCCUCUGAUGAUUCAGACGUGUUGGUAUUCGGAGCCCGCGAAGUGUACAGGCGGCUGUUCUCCGAGGACCAACUCGUCGAGUGUUACAGUGCUGCGCGUUUGGAGUCCUGCCUGGGUCUCCUGCAAGACCACCUCGUGGUACUUGCGAUGCUCCUGGGGUGCGACUAUACGCUUGGCGUCCAUGGUGUGGGCAUUGUGAACGGGUUGGAGAUUGUCCGUGCUUUCUCGCCGGGCAGGGAUAUGGCCAACACGGAGGCUUGGCUCCAACACCUCAAAAACUUCCGCACUUGGUCGCAGAAUGUGGCCAACUGGGGCGAGGAAAGUGCCGGAGUCGUGGCUGCAGAUGGCAAGUCCGUCGCCGAGUUCAAGCGCAAGCACACCAAUUUUCGCACGCAGUGGUCAUUUCCGGAUGAUUUUCCUUCUGCUGCUGUCAUCGACGCCUUCCAUCGUCCUGAGGUUGACCGUAGCUUGGAGCCUUUCACCUGGGCCCAAGUUGAUCUUCGACGCGCUGCAGUUCUGCUGCAGAAGGCCUGCGAUCUUUCAGAGGAGAAGAUCUUGGAGCGCCUCGAGCCAGCUGUGCGACGGUACGAGGAUAGCCUCCGCCAGCCGCGGAUCACGGAGUACAUGGUACCAGGCGAUGCCGGGCAAGUGGCGGUGGUCCGAUCAAGCCGGAUGCAAAGGGCAUUGCGUGGGCUCCGUGGUGAGUCGCCCGAGCCCGACAACGCGGAGGCUGCAGAGGCUGCGAAUGCCGCUGAGGUGGAGGCCGAAGGCCCCCAACGACGCAGGCGAAGGCGAGCCGCGGACGCGGAGGAGGCAGCAGCACCCCGUGCCCGGGGCCGUGGCCGUGGGCGAGGACGCGCUCGACAGGGCAGAGCUUCGGCUGCCUUCGCAUCACUUGGCGGUGCAGCAAGUGCCCACAUUGAACUGGACGACAGCGAGUGA